AUGGUACGGAUUCGACACGAGGAAAAAGAGUUCUAUCUUAGUUGGAAAUUCAUCACUAGUUUCUGCACACUAUUACGAUUACUCUAUCCUCGAUUCGAGACAUUUGAAGCGCCAGCAGCUGUUAGCCGUCAUGCAAUUCAACACGAGGAAGCCAUGAUAGAGCAUCCAUCCAAAGAGGCGAUUUCCGUCGGUUCUGCUGGGUAUGAAUACACUCCGAAACUUCCGACUGCCGCACAUGUAGAGCCAAUAGUUGAGGAACCAGAAAGAGCGAAAGCCACCAUUCCAGAGGAGGAAGAGACGGUCUCAGAGGUACGAACAGUUGUUCGGACUGAACGUCAUGUGCAUGACACCGAAGAUGGUCCAGUGGUGGAGGAACGAACAAUUACCACCACAUAUGAGGACGAUGUAGCGGUAAAUGAGCACAUUGUGGACCGAACCGUUCCGCUCAACGAAGAGGAGCAUAGAAAAUGGGAGGAAUUGAAUCGUUUGGCUGGCCACAAAGCCUAUAUUAACGAAGAACAAGAGGAGCCAUUACCGGAAGGAAUGGCCCAGGAAGUUGACACGGAGAAGUACACGGAACCUGAUGGCACAGUAGUCACCACGACUACAAUCACCAGCCAUUACACUUCGCAGUCGCCCGCCCCUAUUUCUGAGGAGGACGAAGAGGACGAGGACGUCGUGCAAGUGGGAAGCGAGAGGGGUGUGUCAGCUGUUUCUAUGCUGGCGCACAACACGAACACGAAGAGUCACAUCUCCAGUAUGUCCACCUGGAAACCAGUCGUUGCUGGCGUCACCGAACAUGGCGAGACGAUCUGCUCCGGAAUUAUUGUCGCGGAAAAUGGCACUUCUUCACAGCAAAUUCAUCAUAUAUCACCUUUGAAUAAGUACGAAGCGGAGCAUUGGAGUGGCGAGCACGACGAUGUACAUCAUCACAUGGAUGACGAUGUGUUCUCACACAGUGUCCCCCAUCCUAGUGGUGAAGAGGAAACUACGGCACCGCACGAUGAGAGCACGCCCAUCGCUAGUAGUGAGCAGUUUGAACGCAACCGCAGCGCCUCACUAGCCGCUGCUCUGUUGGAGAUCGAUCCCAGAGGUACUCCACAGGUCGGCUUUUUCCAUGUACCCGGUGUAGCACCACUUCUGGAAGCCGAAGAAACUGAAGAAGGAACGGCCAUUCCUGUAACUGUUGAAGCUGCACCUUCUGGAACCACACAAGGUGAAGUCGGCGACGCUGAACGUGUACUUUCUGAUCUUCUACUGUCUCUUCGUGGGCUGAAAAUGGCUGCACCGGAUCGUUAUAGCUCUGCUGUCAGUCGACUAAAAGAGUUGGAAGAAGAAUUGAGGGCAGCUGGAGCAGUCACGCCAGCCGAUCCGCAGGUGGCUGAUGCAGUAGCAAGAGCACUUGCCGCUGCAGGAGCUGAUCGUGAUGUACAGAUUAGAGUGAAUCAAAGCAGACAAACAACUACGACGAAGACAGUAUAUGAGACUGAAACGCCUGGAAUGGUUGGAUUGGAGCCGGAGAAGAUUCGCGAGCUUCAUCAACAGAUGCUAAGCAGCCUAACACGUGGUGCACCGGAAGCAACUCCUGAAUCUGGAACGACACAGAAGAAAGAAACUGCAGAGGAAGGAUUCACAAAUGAGGAUGGAUCCGUUGUCGUGUCAAAGAAGAUGACUCGUGUGGUCACAACAACUAAAACCACUGUUCCUGGUUAG